UAAAUAUAGAUAUUAUAAAUGGUAAUGACAAACAAGAAUCUCCAAAGGAGAAUAUUGCUACUGAACCAAAUUCUUCACCUAAAAAAAAUCAAAAUGUUGAUGUUACAGAAGAACAGCUACAACAGAAUAAUGACAAAGCAUCGCCACCUCAAGAAAAUAAUUCUACUAAAGUGAAAACAGUUAUGAAUGAAACAGCUGCAACAUCAGAAUCUUCUGCAGUACCAUCUGCACCCCUUCCAGAAAAUGAACCUUCAGCUGGAGAUGAAACUACCAAUAGUGUUAAUGAAAGGGAAACACCUGAAGCAGAGAAUGAAUGGACUGUGGUUAGUGAUGGAGACAUUGGAAACAAUCAUAAAACAUCAAUUCCAGAAGGGGCUCAAGCUGCAGCUAUUGAAGGGACAUCAAGUACAUAUCUAAAAGUUUCUCCUGAAGAUUUACAUCCAGAUCCAAAAGUUGCUAUUGCUCUCAGUCAAAUGCUGAAUAUGGGAUUUACUAAUGAAGGAGGUUGGCUUGCCUGUCUUCUAGAAUCAAAGAAUGGUAACAUCAGUGCUGUGCUGGACGCUCUGAAUCCUUCAGUGAAGUAAUUUUGUCAUAUUUAAAAACAAAUUUAAUAUAUUAAAACAUUUACUGUUAUAGUUAAAAUUAAUAGGAAUUAUUCAUGUUAAUAGACACAAAAAAUAUAUUACUUGUAAUUUUAAAAAGUAGUUUGCUGUUCAAAUCAGUGGCAAAACUUGCAUAU